AUGGCUACCAGUAUGAGGAGGUUUAACAGCUUUAUAGAAGCCUUGGAACUGAAGGAGAUCAUGACAGGGCAGAACAGAUUUACUUGGACCAAUUGUCAAGAAAGCCCUAUUCUAUCUAAGUUAGAUAGAUUUCUAGUGACACAAGAUUGGGAGGACCAUUGGGGGAAUUUGAUAAGUAGGAUAUUACCUAGACUCACGUCGGAUCACUGGCCAAUUUGUCUUAAUCAAGAGGGUAAUGGGGGUGGGCCAAAGCCAUUUUGGUUUGAAGAUAUGUGGCUUACAGUUCCGAGUUUUGUGCAAAAGGUGAGAAACUGGUGGGAGGAGGACACCUCGGUGGCUAGAUGGGAAGGAAUUAGAUUCCAUAGAAAGCUAAAGAACUUGAAAGGAAAAUUAAAGGAGUGGAACUCCAAUCAGUUUGGGAGGAUUGAAGAAAGAAAAUCCACCUUGAUUAGUCGAAUUGAAGAGAUUGAUAGAAGGGAGGAGGAAGGACAAAUGGGCAUGGAAGAGAAGGAGAGGACAAAUUUAAAAAAAGAGCUGGAAGCCACACUAUUGAGAGAGGAGAUAUCAUGGAAACAAAAGUCAAGAGAAAGGUGGAUAAAGGAAGGUGAUGGGAACACUAGAUAUUUUCAUGCAAUUGCAAAUGGCAGGAGAAGGAAAAAUUUUAUCUCUAUGUUGGAAUUGGAAAGUGGAGCUACCAUCACACAACAAGAUGACAUUGCAAAGGCAUUAGUGGAUCACUUUAAACUAAUCUAUAGAAGGCCAAUGGAGAAUAGAUGGAUCUUAGAGGGUUUGACAUGGCCUGCUUUAGAUAGCACAUUGAGUAGAGAAUUAGAAAAAGGUUUUGAGAUGGAGGACGUGAAGGCAGCUAUUUUCUCAAUGGAUAGGUCCAAGGCACCAGGACUGGAUGGGUUCACCAUGGCUUUUUAA